AUGAACUCCAACAAGAGGCGCAAGGUUAACAAUGGGCAUAACCCUUUGUCUGACAUAACAAACGGUGGUGUUGCGUUUCGGAAACUCAUGCCUGUAAAACCUGGGAAACACAUUCUAAAACAUAAAGGAGGUGGUUUAUAUGGUAAGGAAAAUUCAGAACUACUAAAAGAAAACAAUGUAUUAAAGGAAUAUGUCUCUGAACGUGGGAAAGAGAAUGAAGUUCCUCAUAAUACGCAAGAUGGAGAACUUCGUGAUAGACGUGUUUCCAUUCAAGAGAUGGACCUUGAUAUGGAGUGCAAUGAGAAUGGGGAAGCUUCAGAGAUACCUGAGAAUUCAUCUGACGUAGAAGACAAUAUACCAGCAACUGUGGAUAAUGGAUUAAGUGCUAACAUGGAUGAAGAUUUCGAAACAGAGUGCUAUCAGAACAAUGAAGGGGAUGAUGUUCCCUUUAAUGAGUUGGAUGAUGACGAAGAGGAAGAUGUGAUGGAUGGUGCAAAUGACACAGAUUACUAUAGCGUUGGAGAGCCGCGUUUUAUUUGUCCAUGGUGUGGUGCAAUUAUGUGGUACGAGGAAAGGGUAUCGAAACGCACUGAUACAUCGAAUCCUGAAUUUUCAUUGUGUUGUAUGCAAGGACGAAUAGAAAUAGCACCGUUCAAACGUCUUCCUCGAGGAUUGUAUGAUUUAUACCACAAUAAUGACAAGAAAAGCAAAAUUUUUCUGGAGAAUAUAAGGUCAUUCAAUAGCAUGUUCGCUUUUACAUCUAUGGGAGCCAAUAUUAACAGCACCAACAACAAUGGUAAUGCACCACCUGUUUUCGUUUUGAAUGGAGAGAAUUACCACCAAAUCGGGAGCCUACUGCCCAAACAUGGUGAUCAACCGAGGUUCGCUCAGUUGUAUAUCUAUGAUACGGACAACGAGCUUUCCAACCGUAUGCUAUCAGUCAGAAUGGAAGAUGACAAGAAAUCGAUUAAGAAAACUAUCGUCAAAGAACUACGACAUAUCUUAGACAACUCGAAUUCGUUUGUAAAGUCAUAUAGAAUGGUCAGGGACACGUUAUUAGAAGACAAUGCUCCUCAAAUUAAAUUACGAAUUCUGGGAAAGAGGGGUUAUGAUGGUAGGCGUUACAACUUGCCUACAGCUUCGGAAGUUGCAGCAUUGGUCGUAGGUGAUUAUGACGCCGCAGAUUUCGAAAGGGAUGUAGUUGUUGAGGAGAGGUCAGGUCUUCUUAAGCGUAUUUCUGUUUUUGAAACGUCUUAUUUGCCAUUGCAAUACCCUUUAAUAUUUCCAAGAGGAGAAGAUGGGUUUCGAAGAGACAUCAGGUUUACAGAUAGACCUAAAAAGAAACCUAUUAAGCGAAUAUUUGUUUCGAUGAAAGAGUGGUUUGCUUACAAGAUUCAACAGAGAGAUAUAUAUCAAUCACAUUUAUUAUAUGCCAGGCGUUUGUUCCAACAAUUUUUAGUCGAUGCAUUCAGCAUGAUAGAGUCAUGGCGAUUGAUGUGGUAUCGAAAUCAUCAAAAAGAGGUGAGAGCUGAUUUGUACAAGGGACUCGCAGAAGCUGUUCUUAGAGGUGAGACCAGUCCAGCCAGUGCAGGGAAGCGAGUGGUAUUGCCGUCAAAAUUUGUCGGGGGGGCACGUUACAUGAUACAGAAUUAUCAAGAUGCCAUGGCAAUAUGUGGUUGGGUUGGUUACCCUGAUUUGUUCAUCACUUUUACGUGCAACCAUAAAUGGCCGGAGUUAGUUGACUUUCUUAAGAAACAUAAUCUUAAACCGGAAGAUCGACCUGAUUUGGUCAGUCGUCUUUUCAAAAUAAAGUUGGAUCAUCUCAUAAAGUAUAUUAAAAAGGGGAAGAUUUUUGGGAAGGUUAAAGCAGUAAUAUAUACCAUUGAGUUUCAGAAGCGCGGCAUACCACAUGCUCACAUAUUAGUUUUCUUGCGACCUGAGUCCCGAUGCAAGCAUCCUAAUCAGAUCGACAAGAUUAUAUCUGCAGAAAUUCCAGACAAAAACCGUGACCCAAGGUUGUACGACAUUGUUGCAUCCCUCAUGAUACAUGGUCCUUGCGGUCCACAAAACACUAAAUCACCAUGCAUGCUUAAUAAAAAAUUUUGCACCAAACAUUUUCCGAAAAAAUACACUGACAGUACCGUUAUUGAUUCUGAUGGUUACCCAGUUUACCGAAGGAGAAACAACGGUGUUUUUAUCCAAAAGGGGGAGUCAUUUGUUGACAACAGAUAUGUAGUGCCUUAUAACCGUCUUUUACUCCUGAAGUAUAAUGCCCACAUAAAUGUUGAAUGGUGCAAUCAGUCUAGGUCAAUUAAAUAUUUGUUUAAGUAUGUAAACAAGGGUCAUGAUCGUGUUACAGCUACUUUUUAUGAAGGAGGAGUUGAUACCUACGACGAAAUCAAAAUGUAUUACGAUUGCAGAUACCUUUCAGCAUGUGAAGCUGCAUGGAGGAUUUUUUCAUUCGAUAUUAAUUAUAGAGAGCCUUCCGUUGAGCGCCUUAGUUUCCAUCUUGAAGGCGAAGAGCCUGUUGUUUUCGAAGACCAUGAAAAUCUUGAAGAUGUCAUACAGAAACCCCAUAUUCGUGACACUAAAUUCCUGGCAUGGUUUGAGGCAAACAAAAAGUAUCCUGAAGCCAAGGAUUUGACUUAUGGUGAGUUUCCGAUGAAAUUUGUUUGGAAGGCUUCAGAGCGUAGAUGGUCACCGCGACAAAGGGGAAUUUCAGUUGGACGAAUACAUUUUGUCCCUCCAGGAAGUGGCGAAAAAUUUUAUCUCCGGCUUUUACUUAACUUUGUGAAGGGUCCAUGUUGCUAUAAUGACAUUUACACGGUCAAUGGAAAAAAGUUUAACACAUUUAAGGAGGCAUGUUUUGCAUUAGGCUUAAUAGAUGAUGAUAAAGAGUUUAUAGACGCAAUUAACCAAGCUUCUAUUUGGGGAACUGCCAGUUACAUGCGCCAUUUAUUUGUCCAAUUGUUGGUAUCAAACCAAUUUUCUCAACCAGAGGUCGUGUGGAACAAGACAUGGCAGAAUUUGAGUGAUGAUAUGCUACAUCGACAAAGAAGGGCAAUGCGUGUUCCAGAUUUGGUGUUGGAUGAUGAUCAACUUAAAAGUUACACACUGGCUGAAAUAGAAAGAUUGUUGCACAGCCAUGGAAAGAGUUUGAAAGAAGACUACCCAACCAUGCCUCGGACGGACAUAUCCCUUAUACAUGAGUCCCGCAACAGGUUGAUAUAUGAUGAGAUGAACUACAACCAGAAUAUGCUUGAGAUUGAACAUAAUCAACUAAUGUCUACUAUGACGGCGGAACAAAGAGGUGUGUAUGACAAAAUUAUUUCCCGAGUAGAUGCUAACCUUCCUGGUAUUUUCUUUCUUUACGGUUACGGUGGGACAGGCAAGACAUUUAUUUGGAGAGCAUUGUCUUCUGCAAUACGCUCUAGGAAGGAAAUCGUAUUAACAGUUGCGUCUAGCGGAAUCGCUGCCUUGCUUAUACCUGGUGGAAGAACAGCACAUUCAAGGUUUGGUAUACCAAUAAUUGUCGAUGAAAUAUCAACAUGUGGGAUACAUCCAAAAAGCCCAUUAGCUGAGUUGGUUUCUAAGGCAAAACUUAUUAUAUGGGAUGAAGCACCUAUGAUGCAUAAACACUGUUUUGAGGCGCUGGACCGCAGUUUGAGAGAUAUUCUUCGUGUCCAAAAUAACGGCCGAACAGAUAUCCCUUUUGGAGGUAAGGUUGUGGUACUUGGUGGCGAUUUCCGUCAAGUACUCCCAGUCAUGCCUAAAGCAAAUAGACAAGAGGUUGUAAAUGCAAGCAUCAACUCUUCAUAUUUAUGGCAGUUCUGCGAGGUAUUAACAUUGUCAACUAACAUGCGCCUUUUACAUGGUUCUUCAAGUUCUGAUAUUAACGAAAGAAAGCAGUUUAGUGAAUGGGUGUUGGGUAUCGGAGAUGGUACUGUUGGUGUUGCCAAUGAUGAAGAUAUUGAUAUAGAAAUUCCAGAGGACCUUCUUAUUCGAAGCUCAGGUGAUCAUAUCGCUGCUAUUGUUAAUGAGAUUUAUCCAUCACUUCUAGAUGAAAUGCACGAUCCAUCUUUUUUCCAAGAUAGAGCCAUAUUAACUCCAAAAAAUUCCACCGUCGAAGAAAUUAAUGAGUAUGUUAUGUCUUUGAUUCCUGGGGAGGAAAAAACUUAUCUGAGUUGUGAUUCUCCACUUUCAACCAAUUCAUCAGCAACUAGGCCCGAUGACAUUCACACACCUGAAUUUUUAAACACAAUAACAGCAUCUGGCAUUCCAAACCAUAAAAUUAAGCUGAAAGUUGGAGUCCCUAUCAUGUUGUUAAGGAAUUUAGACCCGACAGCAGGUCUAUGCAAUGGAACGCGUUUGAUAGUUACUAAGAUGGGCAGAUACGUGCUUGAGGCCAAGGUUAUUACAGGAAGUAAUAUUGGGGAUAUAGUAUACAUCCCUAGAUUGUCAUUGACACCUUCUGAUACAAGGAUUCCAUUCAAGUUUCAACGCAAACAAUUCCCAAUUUCAGUUUCGUUCGCUAUGACUAUAAACAAGAGCCAAGGACAAUCUUUACAAAAAGUUGGGAUAUACCUUCCUCAACCUGUGUUUUCACACGGCCAAUUAUAUGUUGCGGUCUCAAGAGUAACAUCAAGGAAAGGAUUGAAAUUGCUAUUGACAGAUGAAGACAGCAAUUGUAUCAGCACUACAUCAAAUGUUGUGUUCCAUGAAGUUUUCCGCAACUUGUGA